AUGCUUUUUUUUUUAAAAAACAAAUUGUUGAACUGUCUUUCAAUAUUUAACAUUUCUGUGGGAUUGUUUCUCGUUUUGAAAAGACUAGCCAAACAAAAUGCUAAUUACAUAGAAGAUAAUGUUCCAAUCAAUUUCUCAAUAUUUUAUUCCACAGAAACAGGAAAUUCGAGAAAAAUUUCUGAAUUGUUGAAGAGUCUACUUGAUAAAUUGGGUAUUGAUUCCCAUGUCCUUGAGAUCAACUCAAUUUUCGAUUUCGAUGUUAGUUCAUAUAAAAAAAAUUCAGUAUUAAUUUUCGUGAUUUCAACAUGUGGAAACGGAAGUUUUCCAGCAUCAUCGAGGAAAUAUGUCCGGUAUCUAUCGAAAAUGAUUAGAUCAGGAAAUGAAAUAUUUUUAGGAACCAAAUACACUAUUAUUGGUCUUGGAAGUUCUAUCUACGAAUACUCAUUUAACUCAGCCGCUAAUAAACUUGAUAAAUUUAUCUCUUUACUCGGAGGGGAGAAAUACUGUGAGAUUGCAUUGUUAGACGAGGUUAAUGGUAAUGAACUGGAUUUUAAAAUAUGGUGGAAAAAAACAUUUUUAGCUAAGCUUGGAGUUUCUGAUUUCAAAGAGCAGUCAGAACUCUACUUUAGUAAUAUUGAAACAAGAAAAAAAGACAACUUCAUUUGUAAAUUGAGAAACGCAAACGAAGCCUCAUCACAGAUCAAUUCUCUUUCUGGAAAUUGUCAUAUUUCGGAGAAUUAUUUCAAGUUACUAGAAUUUUGGCCCAUUAAUAGAAAAUUGCUAUGUGAGUCAAAAGCCAUUGAUGAUGUCGAUAGACAAAUUUUCAAUCUACAGCUUAAACUCCCUGAUGGCACAAACUACAAAACAUUUGAUAUAAUUGAUAUACUUCCACCAAACGAUGAUGAAACUGUUAUUUUCUUCUCAAAUAAAGUAUUGGGAAUGCAGAGUAUUGAAGAUUUGAAGAAUACUAUAGUUGACUUUGCCCCUGUAAACGAUAUUUUAAAAAGCAUCAAAGUUCCAUUCCCAAACAAUUGUUCUCUAAUGCAUGUACUAAAAUAUUAUUUUGAUCUCAUGAGUUUGCCUACGCAUACUGUAAUAUUACAGUUCACUCCUUAUUUAAAUAAGAACGAAGGAGAGUUCAUUUCCAACAAAGAUUCUUUUAAUGAAAUUAAAGAUCUCUACAAAUUUUCUUUUCCAUUAUUUAUAGAUAAGUAUAUGAAAAGUCUUGUUCCAAUACCAAUAGAAAGCUUCAUUAAAUUCAAUGGAAUUAGACAAAAUCUAAGGAGUUAUUCGAUUUCUUCCUCUUCACUUUGUUCUCCAUCAACUAUUGAUCUAACAAUAAGCACGUGUAUUAAAGGUUAUGUUCCAGUGUCAUUACAUGAAGUAAAUAGAAAUAGAGGCAAUAAAAGUAAUGUGAAGAAAUACAUUAAAGGAUUAUGUUCGAGUUUUCUUUUCGAAUUUGAUUUAAAUUUGCCAGUUCUUGGAACGAUAAGGUCAUCCUCUCUCAAUAUCAACGAUAUAACUUCUCCAAUACUUAUGUUUUCACAUGGAAGUGGUAUUGCGCCUAUUAGAGCAUUACUGCAUGAACGAAAAUAUAUCUUAAUGAAAGAUAAAAAACCCAAAAAUCCUGCAUAUUUAUUUUAUGGAUGCAGAACAGAAAAUGAAAUAAUUUACAAGGAUGAGCUCGAAGAACUUAAAUCAAUGGGUGCAUUAACCGAAGUGUUUUUUGCUUUGUCUAAGUCGCAAGAGAAACAUGUUAAUGAUAUAAUUUCUCAUUAUAAAAAUUUACUUUUGGAAAUUGUUGAUAGAAAUGACUCAAUAAUAUAUAUUUGUGGAAAAAAAAACUUUGUUUUGGGGAUUAAAAAUGAAAUUGCAUCAAUAAUUUCUGAUCAUCGUCCAAAAAAUGUUAUUAGAAAAAUUUUUGCUAAAAAUAGAAUUUUUUUAGAAUCAUGGAAUUGA